CAGCACCGCGCCCAGCGCCGCAGAGCCGCUGCUGAGCCCAUCAAGGUGCUUCACAGACUAACAACAAGCAGCAGCUCGUGUGCGUGUGGUCCCUUCACCGCGUGAACCGCGCAGCAGCAUCACCAGUGGAGCAGCUUUCUGAAGUUCUGUCCCGUUCUUUAAGCCAGGCCAGGCUGUCCCUUGUGCAUCCCUGCGCUAUCUCCUGAGCGGUGCCAGCACCCAGCGGCAGCUCCUGGGUCCUGGGGAUGUUCCCCCUUGAACCAGAAGCAGCAGCAGUCGACCUGGACCGACGCAGCGGGCUGUAUUCCGGAGCUGCCGGGUGGGAGCUGUCCCCGCCGGAGCCGUCCCCGAGCAGAUGACUGACACGGUGAUGAACGGGAGGGUGCCGCUGCCGGAGAAAGCCUUGUCCGAGGGCUAUGCCCGGCUGCGGUACCGGGACACCUCCAUGCUCAUCUGGCAGCAGCAGCAGCAGAAGCUGGAGUCGGCGCCCCCCAACACGUACCUGAGCCGGAGCCGGAGCAUGUGGUACUCGCAGUACGGGAACGAAGCCAUCCUGGUGCGGGACAAGAACAAGCUGGAUGUGCCCAGGGACACGGGGCAGUCCAAGUUCUGUGCUAUUAUGUGAUCGCUCUGGAGAGCGGCCAGGCUGGCCUCGGGCUGCAGGGAUGGGGCUGCAGCACCCGCAGGGCAGACCCGUGCAGGGCAGGCACAGGGCCCAGGCCAGGAACUGUCUGAGGUUUGUGUGUGUUGUCGCUGUUGUAGCAUCAGUCUGCACGUCGUGAGGUGUGUGUAGAACCCCGGCCUCAGCCGGAGCUCACAAGCCCGUGUCUGCUGCCUGGUGUCUUGGCAUGGUUCGUGUUGGACCAUGUGCUGGGUGUAAGUGGCUUGGGUACGGUGAGGAGCACCUGCAGUCAUCUGAGAGCCAUCCCCAGCCAGCACUUCCAUCGCUCGUCCAUAUGGAUCGCCAGAGCUCUGCAGGGGCUGGCGGGAGACACGGGCACGGAUCCGCUUCCAUCGAGGCCAGGAUUACGGGAAGGUUGAUCCGCACAGCUACAUGGCCAUCACUUGUUCAGUGUGCGCUGCCUCCCUGUAGUUACAGCCUGGAAGCGGUCUCAUACAUCCAGGAACGAGGCGAUUUAUUGAGGGGAGGAGGGAAAAGAUGUGCUGAGAGUUUCAUCUGAGCCUCCAGAACCCCGUCAGGAAAAGCUGCACUGGAGUUUCAUGCAAAGGGCCCUCCCUGGAACCACAACUGGGGAUCAGACGGGACUUUGGGACUGCUCCCUUCCCACAGCUCCCCAAGCCCCUGCUUUGGCACCAGCCACCGAGUGGGCACCCGGAAGGGAGGGACAGGCCCAGGAGCAGCAGGGAGAAAGUGACUGUAAAUCCACCCAUCUGCUGCAAGGGACACACAGGAAGCCCUGCAGUGCUCCUGCCCCAGGCGCAGCCGCGGGAGCUGCACUGAGCCUUGGUGCACGCAGCAGCUCGGGAGGGUUCAAUCCUGACUGGGGCUGGAGUAGGUUUGGUCGGUUUAAAUUGUGUCAGCUGGAGGACUGCAGGAGGGAAGAGUACAACUGCACUGGGGGAGAGGCUGCUUCCAGGCUGCCUCCGUUGGAGCCCCAUCCCCAGCUUGCUCAAGGCAAGAUCGCACCAAGAAACCCAGCCCAGCACCUACAUCUCAUUGAGACCAGAGCGGUGCCACUUCCCGGGUGCUGAUUACACCUGGGCUCAGCACUGAGGGGUAACGCUGGGCUAAUCACAGCCUCCCUUUACGCCCUCCCAUAGCCCUGUGUGUCAGCCCAGCAGCAGUUGAGCCCAGGCUUCACCUUCAGGCAAAUCAGUAUUGAAUGUUGGCUUCAGUCUGGGCAUUUCCUGCCUACAAUUAGGCACAGGCAUUGUUCUAUUUACCUAAAACCUCUUCUGCAUUUUGUUUGAGCACUUUAUUUAUUUAUUUAUUUAUUUUUAACAAGGGGAAGAAGAAUCUCUCCAAUGCACACACAGGGCUGCUGAGCAGAACUUACCUGUUCUAACAUGAGAUGGUGGAGGUUUGGUGUCCUCGGCCCUGAGCCACAGCACGUGGAUGCACUGCAAACCAGAGGCAGCUCUUUUGGGGUUCUUAGCGCUGUUCAUGCAUGUGUUGGUACCUGACGUGUGUGCUCAUAGAGCCAGACCUCCACGUGCUCUCACCGCCCUCAUGAUCCCACCAGCACCAGCCCUGGCUGGGAAGGGCUUUGGUGAAUUUUCCAGCCGGGGAAACCCCAUUCAAUGCAGCUCACGGAAGCAGCGGGAUGGGGAGAGCUGCAGGGCCCUGUGCUGGGUGUUCUGUGCAGCACUGCCUGGGGUGUGCAGCCACCCGGCUCCAAUCAGUGCCUGGUGCCACUGACACCCAUGGACUGGACUGAGCCGCAGGGAGCUGCGGGUGAAGGGACCCGGAGCACAGGAGAGGGGGGUUCAGGAGUGCGGGAGCACCCUGGAACCUCAGGAACAGUGCAGCCCAAAGUCAUUUCCUUCACUUUUCUCAUAGAAAAAAGCCCACAACUCAUUUUUCUGUUUAGUUUCAGUAAGAGAGUUGAUUACUUUGGGUCUAAUCAGGCUCUUUUUGUAAACCUGGCUGGUAAACCAAGAUUCAGUUACCUGAAGAGUGUUAAUUGGAAUACUCAAGAAAAUCCUAGGUAUGCGCAUAAAUUCCUCCAGGACUGGGCCUGGAUGGGACAGUGCAGGAAGUAGGACUUGCUCUCCCUCACGCUGUGAACGUGACUGUUUCAUUUCCACAUCCGUGUCCUCUUUAGUCACAGCAGGCUUGUGGAGUGGCUGCUGUGAGCAGUGCUGUUGUGUUGAUGCACUUGUUUAAAUGCUGUUGUAGCCUCUUUGGUAAAGAGCAUUAAAGUGAUUUGAACGCA